AUGAAUGACGGCAGUUAGUUAUUUGUAGGUUAAGGCUAGAUUAGCGAAAAAUGAAGUUCAAAGAUUAUAAAGCUUACAAAAAAAAAUUUUAAAAACCUUGAAAUUAAAUUUAAAUGCAUAAGCUUACGUCUAAGGCUAAAUUUGAACUUGAGUUUAAACAUAAGACUGAAGCUUGGGUUUGAACUUGAGCUUAAGCAAAAACCUGAGCUUAAGCUUAAACCUACAUCUAAUGCCAAUUUUGAAGUCUAGCUUAAGUCUAAUCCUAAGGUAAGACGAAGCCUAAGCUUGAACGAGAGCUUAAGCUUGAGCCUGAGCCUAAGCCUGAGCCUGAGCCUGAGCCUGAGCCUGAGCCUGAGCCUGAGCCUGAGCCUGAGCCUGAGCCUGAGCCUGAGCCUGAGCCUGAGCCUGAGCCUGAGCCUGAGCCUGAGCCUGAGCCUGAGCCUGAGCCUGGGCCUGGGCCUGAGCCUGAGCCUGAGCCUGGGCCUGAGCCUGAGCUUGAGCCUGAGCCUGAGUCUAAGCCUGAGCCUGAGCCUGAGCUUGAGCUUGAGCUUGAGUUUGAGCUUGAGCUUGAGCUUGAGCUUGAGCUUGAGCUUGAGCUUGAGCUUGAGCUUGGCUUAAGCUUGAGCUUGAGCUUAAGCGUAAACCCAAAAAAACUUUAA